AUGUCAUCAAUUCGUAUAAAAGUUCAAAUUAAUGAUAAUAAAUCAGUUAAUAAAAAUUCUUCUCGAAAAUCAUCACCAUCAGUAAUAAAAUUUAUUUAUGUACUUAAUUCACCAUCAACUACAACUAUUAAUGAACUAAUACAUUUACUUGAAAAUUAUCUUAUUAGACAAUUUUCAAUUAAAAAUAUUCGAAUAAUUCAAUUAAUGACUGAUGAUGGUUAUAUACUAUCAAAUAAUGAUCUAUGUUCUAUUGUAUUGAACGAUAAUGAUCGAAUUAUUUGUUAUGAUAUGGAACAAUUUGUAGAAGAUAAUUAUUCUACAUUAGAUUUUAAUAAUUUAUGGUCGGAAAUAAAACAAUAUGAUGCAAGUGAUAAUCGUGAAAAAACGAUUCAAAUUGGUUUAAAUAAUCUUGAAAAAUUAUUUAUAAGAAUAUAUGGAAAUUCAGAUGGUUAUGGGCUUUAUAUAUUCAAUAUAUUUGAAUUAAUUAAAAUUGCCAAUGAAAAAUCACAAAAUAAUAUUAUUGGACGUGUAGGUAAUACACAAUGGUUUAUCGAAGCUAAAUGGGAAUAUGAUUUAAAAUCAGAUACAAAUUUAUUUCUUAUAUAUAAUUUAAAAGUUGGUUCAAGUGAACAGAUAUGGUCGAAUAAACUACAUCUUUUACUUGAUGAAUCACGUAUGUGUAUAGAAAAAGGUGAAAUAAUUUGUUUAUCGGAAAUAAAUGAUGAUAAUAUUUUAACUGAACAACAACGUGAAUAUUUAAAUGAGCUUGCAACGAAAAUUCCACCAAUAAAACAAAUCGGUCCACAAAUUGAUGUUAACAAGGAUGCUGAUAAAAAAAUAACUAAACAUGAAUGUGAAGGUGAUUCAUUAGUACGAAUGGCAUACGGUGCUAGAAAUACAGUAACAGCUUAUCAAGAGUCAUAUUCAUCAGAAGAAGGAACAUUUCGUCAACAUUUUGUUAUUACACAUAUAAAUUUUUCUAAAAAAUCCGGUGAUAAACCAAUUUUAGUUACUAAUCUAACUGUUCAUUAUCAAACAAAUGAUGGAUCAUGGUGUGAAUGUGAAGAUAUAGCUAUUGGAUCAAUAACAUUACGUGAUCAAGAACCAUGUUGGUUAGCUGAUUUAGCAUUUGAAAUUGAAUCUGAUAAGUUAGUAUCAUAUGGUAUUAAAGGAUGGAUGCGUGUUCCAGGUAAAGCUGGGAAAGAUAACUUUACACGAAGACGAAUACAUAAAAAUUUACCACAACCAUUUAAACUUAAAAUAAUUCUAACAGAUAAUUCUAAUAAACAAUCAUCAUUAAUUGUUGAACAAUUAAAUAAACCACUUGAUUAUGAUACAUCUGAAUCAUUUCUUAAAUAUAAUCAAUCGUCAAUUAAUAAUUUAUUAGGGUUUAUUUAUGCUGAUGAUUGUGAAAAUGAUGAACGAAUUUUUAUGGGUAUUUAUUUAAAUAAAGAAUCUGAACUUGUCAUUAAUUCACAAAAUUCAUAUAUAACAUUAAAUAGACAAGUAAUUCGUUCAAUGGAAUAUAAAGCAAAACAAGAUAAUACACCUGAAAUCUUAUUUGAUUCAAUUCAUCAUCAAUAUGAGACACAAGAAAAAAAAGCAAUCGCUUUAUUUGAUCCGGAAAAUUUUAUUCUAUAUGCAGUUCGAUUUGAAAUAUCAACAAAAACUUCAAAAACGGAACAAACAGUACUUUUACCAAUAGAACAAAUCAAAUAA